CAAAAAAUGUUUUGUACUGAAAGCACAAAUUCAUUCUACAGGAAUAACUUUCCUAGUUAACAUGAGCAUAUGUGUCUUAUUGCAACUGUCUCAAAAAUAUCAGUGUAAAGUGCAAACACAAAGAGGUUAAGCUUUUAUAUUCCUCCUAAAACUAUUUUAUGCAGUAUGCACCUCAUCUGGCUGCUUCUACAAGCUCCCAACAGACUUGUAACAAUUUUGAAUGAGUUGCUUGUCAUCAUGACAUGUUUGCCAGGAUAAAAUGAUUCAGUUGGAACUUGAAGCCACCAGAAUUUAUUAACUACUAGGAUGCUCAAUGAGACAAAUUAUUUACAUUCUAGGGUCAAGGUGAUAUCAUUUAGAAAGCAAUAAUAAAUGGUGUUUCAAUGGAAAUAAACAAAAUGCAUAACAAACAAGUUACAAUGACCUACCAUUUAAGUUUUUGUUGCUUCAUGUUUGUAGAUAACAAACACACAUGCAAGUAUAACCACCUCUUUUCUUCAAUAUUCACAUGGCUUUACAUCCUACCAGCUUCACAACUACAUGGAAGAGAUUAUCCCAUGGAUAAGUAACAGGAAGGUCAUGAAACCGAUUGGAUUUGAGAGAGACAAGAAACAGGUGGCAAUUUGCUUGAGAGAAGGUUUCUUAUUGCUGUUUCGAUUAAUGAAUCUCAUCCAAACAGGAUCCUAAAGGUAUGUUGGAAUCUUGAUCAACUGAUCAUCAGUCAACAUAAUUGCAGUACUGGACCAUAAUGUUGUUAAACCACUUGGCAGAUAGAUAACGAUAUGUCUGCAUGUACUUCUAUGGUCCACCUUGUUGGGCUCAUCAUCCAAGAAAAGCAAACAUGCCCACCUUGCAGGUUACACCUCAUAUCUGCACAUCACAUGGCUUUGUUUCCCAGGAAUACCAGCAUUCUACUAAUUCAUUAAAGGGACAGUCUCUGGCCUUGUGAUUAUAUAUUAUCCCAUUUCCAUUGCCUCAUAUCCAACACAACAACUGCAUUCAGAAAUCAGAGUUCUAAGACCUAAAACUUCCCUCUAUUUUCUUUCAUCUUAGACUCUUUCCUACAAAACUUAAAGUAAAGCAAGAUGAUCAGCGGUAAGAAGCUUAUCAAGUUAGCAAGAAAAUGGCAAAAAAGGGCUGCAAUUAGGAGAAAAAGAGUCACAUUACCAAGAACCACUGGGCAUGCUGACAAAAACAGUUGCAGCACAUCAUCAGUGGUGGAGAAGGGUCACUUUGUUGUAUACAGUGUGGAUCAGAAGCGCUUUGUGCUUCCUAUGGAAUAUCUCAAGAACAAAAUCGUCAUGGAGCUAUUCAACUUGGCAGAAGAAGAGUUUGGACUACCAGGCUGUGGGCUUCUCGUCUUGCCUUGUGAUGCAACCUUUAUGGAAUAUGUAAUUGCUUUGAUCAAAAGGAAACCAAGUAAAGACAUGGAGAAAGCAUUGAUCCUGUCUGUAGCCAGCGGUCGUUGCUCAUCAUCAUAUCUUUAUCAGCAAGAAACGAGCCAACAGAUGCCGAUAUGGAACUUCUAAAGCAAAAGUUUUUUAUUUUCUCAUCUUGUAAUUGAUCCAAACCUUUGUAGAUUAGAGUAUACAACGCAAAAAGUCAGAAUUUUUGUUUCUCAUGUUCAGUUUCUUGGAUCUUGACAAGGCAAUUACUUCUUAUCUACAAUAGUAAUCAACAAUUUCAUACCAAAUAAUAUAGAGGAAUUGAACACAAAAAUAUAUGUCAUGUUUAACAUAUUUUGUUCUCAAUAGGAAAUAAUCAAACUACAGUUGUACUCCCCACCGACGCUGCAUUCUGAAACUUCCUUACCCAUUUUGACGAGCUUAGAAGCCAAAAAGUUAAAAGGCAAGGAAACAAAUUUUGAUUUGUACUUUGUUUAUGACUCAACUUGUCCAAGCAGGGAUGAAAAUAAGAGAUGGGUAAAAGCUUAGUUGCAUGAAGAUAUCUCAGUCAAAAAGUAGUUACUUUUUUUAUGUAUAACCAAUUAUAAAAUUUAUCAAGUAAAAGCAGCUGAAUUAUAUAGGGAGGACUAAUUUAUAAAGUUAUACAAAUUAAGCAGGAUGUACCGCACACAUAAGCUUUCGAGCCUAGUAUCUGGGCAUUGAAUUGAAGUAAAACGCAACCAUAUCCGACCCCACAAUUCAAAACCUUCAGUACGGAAAGUAUGAUCAUCAAAACCUCUGCUGUUUGCAAUCUCUUGGAGCCAUUAACAGACGAUCAAUGUGAAGCAGAUUACAUUUUGAGAUAUCUAAAAGCAUAACAGCCCGGAGAUAAAGACGUUUCACUCUUUUGGGCAAAUCCUGUUUCAGAAACUAUAAAUCCGAUCAAUCCAGAUUUCAAUAAACUAGAACCACAACUUUUUCUUGUUGUGUAACAUAUUCAGAACAUGUGGGUUGAAUACGAUGCGUGGUCUUGCACAUGGCCUGUUCUGCCAAACCCAAAUAAAUUUGAUGUUGAAAAAAAUAUUGGACCACUUCCAUUAACUUCCAGACAUGCCCAGCUGGCGACGUUCCAAAUGAUCGCUCUCAUUUUCGAACCACAUGGUUUUGCUUCCCUUUAGCCCCGACAUUGAGUUGCUUCAUUCAAAGGACUGUUUUUGGGACGUUUGUGUAUAUAUAUUCACCCAAUUUCUGUUUUUCAUCAGUGCAGC